AAUUACUGUUAUGAAAUAAAAACUAAAUACAAUGGAAAUGACAAAACCCUUAUAUUACAAUAUACUCAAUGCAGAGCUGCAUAUCAACGAAUUUGUGCAAGAGCACUUUGACUUUGCGGAGCCAGUGCUACGUUGGUUUAGCGAAUACUUGGAGCCGGGAAAUCUGCUGAGUGUGCUAAUACCCUUGAUAGGCAUAUACAGCCAGGACAUGCUGAGACGGCUGCUGACAAUGCUGAGCCUAACAAGCGUGCUGAGCAGCUUUGCCAAAUGGAUAUGCCCCGAGCUGCGUCCGUUGUGGUGGCUGCGUGAGCUUUAUGCCAAUCCGAAGGCAAUCAAGCCACAAGUGGCGCUGCAGAGCCUGAAGCUGAGCUGUGAGACCAGCGGUGGACUGCCCUGUGCCCACACCAUGUUCUGGACACUUUGCCUGCUGCUCCUGUGUGAACGACUCUCAACUGGCGGCUUGAGCUGACGCUUGCUGCGCUGCACUCUGCUGUGCUUUGGCGUCAUCUGCAUGUGGCUGAGUCGCCUCUACUUGGCCACAGAAUUUAUGCAUCAGUGUGUGUUGGGCAGUUGCCUGGCCUAUGUGGCCUUUAGGCACCGCCAACGCUAUCUGCUGCAAUUGUACGCCUGGCCACGCUGUCGUGCUAUAAUGAUGAUCAUUUUGCUAGGCUGUUUGGCUCUUGCUGUUUAUUUUAUCAAACUGCGACUGCAGCUAGAUCCGCAUUGGUCGGUGCGCCAGGCUUUCAAAUGGUGCCCGGAGCCCACUUAUAUGCGUCAUGAGGCGAGUCCCAUUUUUCUGCUUUCACGAGAUUUGGGUUACCUGUUGGGCUUUGCCUUGGCCUUGCCCUUGGCAGCAAACAAUUCGCGCUCGAACUGUUUAAUGCGUCGACUUGUUGUCAUCGGCACUUUGGCCAUUGUUAAUCACAUGUUGCAGGCUUAUACGCCCAAGCAGUUUGGACGCUUUGCCUUCUUGGCCUACGAGUUUAGUCGCAAUGCUCUCUACUCGUUGAUGCUGUUUAAGUUUCUGCCCAGACUAGCGCAGACUAAAGAGAAAUGUAGCUAAAUUAAUUGUAGAGAUUCAAACGCAAAUAAAAUUUUAAUUAA